AAUUGUGGCUCCAUAAUGACUGUGAGUGAAGCCCUGUUGCACUUGAGGAUCGCUCUCCUGCUGCACUGGCUGGGGGUGUUCCUGUCCUUUUCUGGACACACUCAGGCUGAACACUCCCAGUAUCACAGCCCCCCAGAAGUGGUGAUUCCCUUGAGGGUCACUGGCAGAGGCAGAGGCACAAAGGCUCCGGGCUGGCUCUCCUACAGCCUGCACUUUGGGGGCAAGAGACACAUUGUCCACAUGAAGGUCAAGAAACUUUUGCUGGCCAGACACCUCCCAGUGUUCACCUACACAGACCAGGGUGCCCUUCUCGAGGACCAGCCCUUUGUCCAGAACGACUGCUACUAUCAUGGUUAUGUGGAGGGGGACCCCGAAUCCCUGGUUGCCCUUAGUACCUGUUUUGGGGGCUUUCGAGGAAUGCUGCAGAUAAAUGACAUUAUUUAUGAAAUUCAGCCCAUGAUGUUUUCUGCCACAUUUGAGCAUCUGGUGUAUAAGAUGGACAGUGAGGAGACACAUUUCCUAAAUAUGAAAUUUGGCUUUAUGCAAGAGGAAACAGGACACAAAUUAGAAUUCCAAGAGAUCAGUAAUUCCACUCUGAAGCAAAGCUCCUAUGAGGGCUGGUGGAUCCAUGAGUGGUUUCUUGAAUUGGCAGUAGUGGUGGAUCAUACUCUAUACCUUCAUUUUAAACAGAACGUCUCUAAGGUGCAGGAGGAUGUAUAUAAUGUUGUCAAUGUAGUGGAUUCCAUUUAUGAUGUGUUGGGUGUUAAUGUAAUAUUGUUUGGUAUUGAGAUCUGGACAAAAUCUAACUUCAUUGUAGUAGAUGACAGAAAGACCGUUCUAGAGGAAUUUAUCAAAUGGAAAGAAAAAAACUUUUCUCACCGGGUACAUCAUGAUGCUAUACAACUUUACAUAAAUAAGGCUUUAAGACAAUUACCUGGUGUAUCCUUCUUUGGAGGAAUUUGUCACCCAUUGCUUAACUGUGCAGUGGUUACUUUAGUAGCGCAAACUUUGAACACUUUUGGAAGUAGUGCAGCCCAUCACCUUGGUCAUAUUUUAGGUAUGAGUCAUGAUGAACAUCCAUGUACAUGUGGGAAAAAAGCUUGUGUAAUGAAUGGCCAAAACCUGCCAUCAACUAAAUUUAGCAACUGCAGCUAUGGUGACUUUUGGUAUGUUGCUCACAGUCGAGGAAAAUGUUUGCACUACACUCCACAGACAGGGGAAAUCUUCAUUCUGAAACGUUGUGGGAAUGGUAUUGUUGAAGGAGAAGAAGAAUGUGACUGUGGACCCUUAAAAAAUUGUGAUAAAGAUCCCUGUUGUCUGCCAAACUGCAGGCUGAGUUCUGGGUCACUUUGUGCUUUUGGACUUUGUUGCAAAAACUGCCAGUUCUUGCCAUCAGGGGAAGUUUGUAGAGAACAGGUCAAUGAAUGUGAUCUUCCAGAAUGGUGCAAUGGAACAUCCCAUAAGUGUCCAGAUGAUGUAUAUGUGCAGAAUGGAAAUCCCUGUAGUGACACUGCCCAUUGCUAUGAAAAGAGAUGUAAUAGCCACAAUAAACAGUGUAAGGAGAUUUUUGGCAAAGAGGCCAAGAGUGCAAAUAAAAAUUGCUACCAAAAAAUCAACACCCAAGGUGACCGUUUUGGUAACUGUGGAACAAAUGGCAGCCACUAUAUAAAAUGCAAUACUUCUGAUAUCCUGUGUGGGAGAGUUCAGUGUGAGAAUGUGAAACUAAUUCCCUUUUUGCAAGAGCAUUCUACUGUGCUUCAGACUAACUUCAAUAGUUUCACCUGCUGGGGUACUGAUUAUCAUUUUGGAAUGACCACACCUGAUAUCGGUGAUGUGAGAGAUGGCACAGAAUGUGGCCCAGAUGUUAUCUGCAUCCACAGGAAGUGUGUCAGUAUGUCUUUAUUGAAAAGUGAUUGCUCACCUGAAACCUGCAACAAUAGGGGUGUCUGCAACAGUAAACAUCAAUGUCAUUGCAAUGAUAAGUGGGCCCCACCCUACUGCCUGGAAAAAGGAAAUGGAGGUAGCAUUGACAGUGGGCCAGCUCCCAUAAAAAAGAAAGAUAAAAAGAGUUACUUUGCAAUACUGUGGCUUAUUCCUUUGACUGUUUUAGCUUUAUGCUAUUUCUUUUUGCUUUUUGUAUUUUGGAAAAGAAUACAGCAUAAGAGAAAACCACAACAAAAUCUGAAGCAACCUGAGAAAACUUGA